GUCGGACCGUCAUAGAUGCUGGACGGCAGCGAUGGAAAGAUGGCGGCGGCCUUGGUUCAAAUGUCAUGUUUGUACCGAGGUAUGCUUGCGGUCAGGGCCACCGGCAUCAGGACGCUGAUCCCGGGGCUCGUACCUGCGCAGUUCCGAGCCUUCUCGGUGCGCAAGGAGCCGGAUCUGGAGGAAAACCCGUAUUUCAACAAGUACCAGGACAAGAUCCAGAAGCUGCGCAGUUCCAAACCUCAGGAGUACAAGACCCGGCUGGAGAACCGGCACGAGGUGAAGAAUGAAGUGCUCGGACACUCAAAGCAGGCGGAGUUUGUCCAGCUCAUGGAGAAGGAGCUGGAGGAGAGGGACAAGAAAGCUGCGGGUGAUGGAGCGUCAGGAGGUUUCACAAAGAACAAGACGCUCGACUCCAUCCUCAAUCUGGAGUUGAUCAAGGACAAGACGGGGGAGGAAAUCACAGAGCUUUGGAUGAAAUAUUAUUCCACCAAGGACACAAUCAGUGCCGCCAUCCCUGCUCAGAUCUAUGAGGUGAUUUUCAACAGAUCAAAGUCCUGUCAGAUGUUCCUCUACGCUGUGCCUCAGAAGGAGGGUUACGAGUACUUCCUAGGUCAGUGGUCCGGAAACGAGCUCCACUUCACCUCCCUCAUCAACGUCCAGAUGAUGGGUGAGAACGCUCCCAGUCAGCUCAUCCUCUAUCACUACCCAGACCUGAAGGAGGAGAAAGGCAUCAUCCUCAUGACAGCAGAACUGGACCCAAAGUUUAUUACCGUCCACCAGGCUCAAUGUUUGGCCAAUCAGGUGCAGCUGUUCUACGGCACCCAGAGGCAGGAGACGUUCCGAUUGGUCGAGACGUUUAACCACCACCCUGCAGACUUCAAACACAUGCUGGUGAUAGCGGAGCUGGAACAGAGUGGUUUGAGUCCAGCGAUCGCUCCCGGAGGAUCGUAGGGAGUCUGAUGAGGUUUCUCACCUGCUCUCAGAUCCUCAGGAACUUUAUUUAAAGUCAAAGAGCUGUGUGUCUCUGCUCAGCACUUUACAUCAGAACCACCUGUUCAUCAUACUGUGUACAUUUAUCUAUGCCAAAGUAUUUUAGGAACAUCCGCAUCUUCUUAUGGACUCAGUCAGAUGUGAUGUCUGCCACACAUCUUUUCAUUGUGAAUACCAGCGUGAGCGGAGGAGAAUUACUGUUCAGUUUCAUUAUAAUUUACCACCCUCCAUAUUAGAACGGACCAGAAGGAGUUUCUUAGCCUUGCAGCUAAGCCCAGUAACCCCUCAAGAUCUUCAAUAAAUCAUGUACAAACAGUUUGAUCUUUGAAACCGA